AUGGCUAGCAAGGUCGACAAGAUCGUCGCCCGGUUGCAGCAGAAGAUCACAGAUGGCGACUUUUACGAAGCGCAGCAGCAGACCCGGGUAGCUGCCUCGCGAUAUAUCAAGACCAAGAACUGGGACGCCGCCAUCGACAUCCUGUCCAACGUUGCGCAGUCGCUCCUCAAAGCUGGCCAGGGCGGCAGCGGUGGCGACUUGUGCAUCAUGAUGGUAGACGUGUACAAGCAGGCAGAGCUGACCCCGGACUCGGCCUCCAAGGGACGAUUGCUGACAUGUCUGCGGCUGUUUGAUGGCGAGGAGCCCACGAGGAAGAAGUUCAUCACAGAGAUGCUCGCAUGGUCAUCUAAAUUUGGCGAGUAUCCCGCUGGGGACCCUGAACUGCACCACGUAGCAGGGUCCAUAUACGCCGAAGAGCACGACACAUACGAAGCGGAGCGACACCUCGUUCUCGGAACUAAGGAUUCCCCGGAAGUUCUAUUCAAGAUGGAGUAUGCUUGGUACAAAGAAGGCGACGCCCACCUCGCGCCGCAUUUUGCCGGACGGGCCGUCCUGCCCUACUUGCUCGUGGGCAACGUCCGAGCCGCCAACAACUGCUACCGCCUCUUCACCAGCGCCCUGAGCAACGACAACCCCAGUCUCGGCGUCCAGGACGUGUCGAGUUCGAGCUCCGACAUUCGAAUCUUCCCCAGCCUCCCGCUCCUCAACUUCCUCGGACUCCUCCUGCUUGCUAUUCAACGUGCCGCGCCAGAAGUCUACAAGGGCCUCAUCUCCAAAUACGCCACGCAGAUCAACGAGACGGAUGCCUGGGCAGAACCGCUGGAAAUGAUUGCCGAGAUGUACUUUGGCAUCACGAAGCCACGACAAAGCAAUCCUCUCAUGGACAUGAUGAGCGGACUAUUCGGCGGCGGUGGCCCGCCGCCUCAGCAGCCGCGGAGGCAAGAGAUUCGGGCUGCGGAUGCUCCUGUUGCUGAAGGCCUAGAUUAG